AUCUUUAAAAACUGGAUUUUCUUAUACCUUCGCUUUUCCUGUUUUAAUUAAUCAAGUUAAUUAAAGCUAAUUUUGACGUUUAUUUUGUUUUUAUAUAAUAUUUUUGAAUAUUAUAUAGGAAUAAAGUAACAAAUACUUACGUAUAUUUUAUAACGUUCGCUGAAAAAACAGUUUCGUACCACUUAUACAUAUUUAUAAGUGAGUUAUGCUUUGGGAGGAGUAAAUAUAUACAUAUAAAAACGUACGUAAUGUAUGUAUGACAUAUAUAUUUGCGUAAAAGGCUUAUAUAUAUAUUUAUACAUAUAGCGCGCGCAUUGUAUGUAUAUAUUUAUUUGCAGGAAUUUCAACAAAUCGCGAGUGUUAAAAUCUUUUGCAGAAGUUUCAAAAAGGAUUUUGUUCAUAUGCAUAUUUUUUUUUUUUAGCUGUUUCUUUUUUUCGCUUGAUUAUACGCGUAUAGUAAUGCACGGUACCUUUUUUUUUUUUAAAAAAAAAAGAUAUUCGAAAGAGCGUAAAAAGAUUAUACUUGUAUUGUAUAUAAUUUUUUGAGUAUUCAAAAGCUUUCAUCGUAAACAUACCAUUUGCGCAUAGUUUAUAUGUGACUGUUUGCCCUUCGCGAAGUGUAUACUUGCAUACGUACGUACAUAUACGUAGGCACAUAAACGUAGGUACAUAAACGUAUGUACAUGUGAACAGCUCACCGCGACGUGCUCGACCAAUAUCAGCGCACUGAUUGCGUAAGAAGGCAAAUUUUCUCGCGAGGUCCAAGCCAAUUGCAUAUAAUUGCAUAUAAUUGCAUAUAUUGUAUGCGAAAUUGACGUGUACAAUAACUCUGCAGAGAAGGAGUCGGCUUUAAAAGCGCAGCGCAUUUCGCGACUUACGCACAAACGAGAGCAGCAUUUGCUUGCAAACCACGUGCCGCUUUUACAAAACGUUUUUACGUUACGGUAUAGUGUACAUAUUGUGUAUAAUUAUACGCCUUUCGCCUAUUUUUUUUUCCUUUAUCGCCCAUUUGCGCGAUUUCAUUUCGCCAUUUCCCCAGAUUGUAUAGUUAGCAAGUAUAUAUUUACAUAUAUAUACGUGCAUACUGUACUCGCGCUGAAGGAAACAUCUUUCCCCCUGAUUUGUGCCGCCCGCUGCACGCCCGCGCCGCACACACGCACACGCGUUACUAUUUUUUGCUUAUAAUUUUCUUAUUAAAAGGAAUAUAAGAAUAACAUAAGCAUACCUUUUCCUUUUAUAUUAUGCAAAAAAUAAUAUAUAUUUCUAACUAUAAAAAUAAUGACUAUUACAUUAGAUAGCUUUAAUGAGCAAAAAGUGCAUAAUAAUCAAAAUAAAAGAAAAUACAAUUGCAGACUGAAUUUUAAAAGGUUUACAAAGAGAAGGAAUAACUACAACGAAGAUAACAGAGACAGCAAAAUUAACAUAAAGACAGCAUUAAUCAAAAAUGAGGUCAUAAGUGAUGAUAACGACGAAUUUAUAGAUAGCAAUUUGAUGAGGACAUGCCACAGAUUCAGACUGUACAAGCACAGUAGCAACAAAAUAGACAUUUACUACCCCUAUGAUAAGAAGAAACUAGAUAAGUAUGACUAUGAGAGGGACCAGACCUUCUGUUCUUUAACCGACAUAGAAGACGUUGUGAACAAUGGAGAUGACAAAAGCAGCAAAUUUUUUUACUAUAAAAAUAAAAGCUUAAAUGAUUACAAGUCUUGCUUUGAAAAGAAAAACAAAAAGACGAAAUGGUUCCGAUUGAGAAAGAAGAAAAAAAAAGACCACGCAAUGGACGAAAGCCUCAAAUACCUGAACGAGUCCGUGUGCUCAAAUUAUAAAGAAGCCAACAAGAACAACAAGUUGGACAAUUCGUCCAAGUACUCGAAGAACUGCGUUAUAAACACGACCGUGAAUGGCAUAAGGGGCUUUUCAGCGUGGAUCUUCUGA